AUGACGCAAGUUCGAGCCGUCUACGAGUUUGAAGCACAACCAAACUCUGGUGAGCUGUCGAUAUCGGUUGACGAAAUACUGACAGUUAUUAGAGAGGGUAUCGAAGGUGGUUGGUUGGAAGGCCGGAACGCGAAAGGUCAGCAUGGUUUGUUUCCCGAAUCGUACGUGAUUAAAGUCGAGCCACCUUUACCACCUUUACCAGCUAUUCCAGCGCCGCCGGUGGAAGGACUGGAACAGUUCCUUGAAAGAUUCCUGGGAACAGAUGGCAACGGAGAAUGCAUACUGCGCAUAUUGCUGGCAACUCUAGAAGAACUUAUUUGCUCGAAAUAA